GUCCUGAAAUAUCGUCUGAUAAAUAUUCUUUUCAAUUAGAAGAAACUGCCCCAAAACAAACACGUUUUCGUUGUUCCGUAACAAUUGAUCAAAAUGUUUCAGAGCCAAUAACUGCUAUUGGAGUUGGAAGAUCAAAACAAUUGGCAAAAAAUAUGGCUGCACAGCAAGCUUUAAUGAAAUUAUAUCCAACAUAUCGUCCACCAGAUGAAGCAAUUCUUAGUGAAGAUUCUGAUAUAUAUCAACAAACUCGUUUCA